GGAUUGGCAGCAGGACAACUACUGCCCAGAUACACCACCUGCGUGGGUACAUCGUGGCAAACCUCACAACUACAACGUUGCUUACCGAGGCCGUGGUUGGAAUCACUCUCAAGGAUAUUUCAGUGGGGCACAUUCCAGCCGAGGCCAUCACAGAGGAGCUGAAAGAAAAGGUCGUACUAAAAACUCAUCCCGUUCCUCGUGCUUAAUCAAUAUGACGCCAAAUAAAAAGGGAAAUAAUUCUGAAAAAACUGGAGGACCAUCAGCAACACCAGAAUCUAAACAAGGGCAGAAGAAUUCAACAAGUUUGAGGAAAGAAACUGACACGUCCAAGGUGGAUUGGAAGUCCAGCAAAACCAUCAUGUCUGCAAAGGAUUUCAGUUUUCAUUUGCCCUCUGUUUCCUCAACAUGCCCACAGAGCAAGCCGGAAGUGCCAUCAAAGGAAAAAGAAGAAAUUGAGGUCAAGUUGGAAGGCAGUCCGACCUCUGAAGACCCUCCCAGCAAGACUGCUCCUUUGUCACCUGUGCAUUCUCCGUCCAAGACAGCAGCAGAAGGUCUUCCAGCCGCAGUAAAGGAAGAACCUGUGGUGGUGGAGUUGAAAGAUAGGCAGGCAGCUGAACAACCUCCCAGCCAGGCCUUACCUUUUCCAUCUGCUGAAGCAUCUAUAGAAGACCAGUCACCACUUGUGACCACAGAAGGCAUUCAUACUACAAAAAAGGAACUGCCUGUAUUGCUGGAAGCCAUCCCACCCAAAGACGAUUUCAGCCAUGUUGGCUCACCUCCCGCUGUAGAAAUACCAUUCCUUUCUGAGACCACAAAUGAUAAUCAUUCAGAAGGAAAGGAAGACAUUGAACUGAACCAAAUCACCAGCAGUCUUAAGAAUGAAGACCUCCCAAGUACCCUGAGUGAUGUUCAUGUUGUGCCUGUGCUGGUGAGAGAGAAAAAAUAUAAAAAGACCCAAAUCACCAGCAGUCUUAAGGAUGAAGACCUCUAUCAGUCCUCUGCUGUGCUAGCUGCUAGCUCCUCCAACCUCCCAAGUACCCUGAGUGAUGUUCGUGUUGUGCCUGUGCUGGUGAGAGAGAAAAAAUAUGAAAAGGCUGAAAAUGUAUGGGCACCUGAAGACCGUCAGGCGCCACCCUGCAACGUGAAUGAAGCUGGAAAGUGUCACAGAGUCUCUGAACACGACAGUGACUUGGUGCUCUCACAGUCCCCAUCUCACAGUCUCAUUUCCUGUGAUCAAAAAAGUGAUACUGAAAGAUGGCUGGAAUACUGUUCUAGUUCACCAAAGAACCAACACAGCAGUGAUUUGAGGCAUUCUAGUGCAAAUAGGACCUCAAGAGGGUUGCGUAUUCAUCGUUCAAGAUCCCCUCACAGACGAGAGCAAUCCCGUGGAAGCAGCGACUGGUCCCCUCGUUCACAAAAGGGCCAACACAGCAGUGAUUCACAGCAUUCUAGAGCAAGCCAUGCCUCAAGGGAACUGCAUAUUCGCCGUUCAAGAUCUCCUCACAGACGAGAACGAUCCCGUGGAAGCAGCAACUUGUCCCCUUGCAGGCAAGAACUUAACCCGAGAUUCCCUCAAAGCUAGAGGGCAGGGCUAGCUCAUCCGUAAGGUGGAAUGAGGCUGCUACCUCAGGCGGCAG